AUGGGCCAUGACCCUCUACGCUGGCCCAAUGCGGAUUGGAGGGUAUUAACGACUGCAAAUGCAGCCGGGACCAACGGCUUAACGUGCCUUCCGAAGCACGGAGUAGCUCGAGAUAAUCGUUUUUUGGUCACCCAUCCGGUGACCGACCCUUGCGAAAGUUGCUUAACGACAACGAUCGCGGGCCGCGGCGCUAAUCCACUACGCCACCGAGCUAUCGACUAUUAAAUGCACUUAAGUUUUAAUUUUUAUUCAUUGAUGGUGCUUUUUUGGUUAGCUUGGUUGUUUGUUCUUAACAAUUAUUGUGUUUUUUAUAGACCUAUUGCUAGUCUAAAAAUAACAUGAUUUCGGUGUUUACAAUGGAUUAAAAAACAGCGCUUUAUGAGCAACUGCAUUGAAAAUAUAUAUAAAGUGUUU